AUGGAUAGAAAUCAAAAUUUGGGUGAAACAGUGGUGGAUGGUCCAGAAAAUAUGAAUGGUGGUAGAGUAAGUGAAAAUAUGAAUAUGGUUGCUGUUGUGGAAGAAGUGCAGAAUAGAGGUGGCGUAGUCAUUAGCUCUCCUAAAAGGGACAUUCAAGUGUUUGAGGGAGACACAGAUUUUGAACCUUGUAAUGGCAUUGAAUUUGAAUCACAUGAGGCAGCAUACUCAUUUUAUCAAGAAUAUGCCAAGUCUAUGGGAUUCACCACUUCAAUAAAAAACAGUCGGCGUUCGAAGAAAUCGAAAGAGUUUAUUGAUGCCAAGUUUGCAUGUUCCAGAUAUGGAGUCACACCGGAGUCGGAUAGUGGGACUAGUCGUCGACCAACUGUGAAAAAGACAGACUGCAAAGCCAGCAUGCAUGUGAAGAGGAGGGCAGAUGGAAAGUGGAUUAUUCAUGAAUUCAUAAAGGAGCAUAAUCAUGAGCUUUUACCUGCUCUAGCAUAUCAUUUUCGGAUUCAUAGAAAUGUAAAGUUAGCUGAAAAGAAUAAUAUUGACAUUUUGCAUGCAGUUAGUGAACGAACUAGAAAGAUGUACGUUGAAAUGUCUAGACAAUCUGGCGGGUAUCAAAAUACUGGGUUUGCUACGACUGAUUCAAACUAUCAGUUUAAUAAAUGCCGGGACUUGGGUCUAGAUGAGGGAGAUGCUCAAGUAAUGCUUGAAUACUUUAAGCGAAUCCGGAAGGAGAAUCCCAAUUUCUUCUAUGCAAUAGAUUUGAAUGAAGAGCAGCGUGUGAGAAAUUUGUUUUGGGUUGAUGCAAAAAGUCGGAGUGAUUAUAGGAGUUUUAAUGAUGUUGUCUCUUUUGAUACUUCUUAUAUCAAAAUAAAUGAUAAGUUGCCAUUUGCUCCUUUUGUUGGGGUGAACCACCACUUUCAGUCAAUGUUGCUUGGUUGUGCGUUGGUUGCUGAUGAUACUAAAUCAACAUUUGUAUGGUUGUUGAAGACGUGGCUUAGAGCAAUGGGUGGGCAAUGUCCUAAAUUGAUUAUCACUGAUCAAGACCAAACCUUGAAGGCAGCAAUUGAUGAAGUCUUUCCACAUGCACGCCACUGCUUUACACUUUGGAAUAUAUUGGAAAAGAUCCCUGAAACUCUUGCUCAUGUAAUCAAACGGCACGAAAAUUUCUUGCCAAAGUUUAACAAGUGCAUCUUUAAUUCCUGGACAGACGAACAGUUUGACUUGAGAUGGUGGAAGAUGGUUACCAGAUUUGAACUUCAAGAUGACGAAUGGAUCCGGUUGCUGUAUGAAGAUCGUAAAAGAUGGGUGCCUACUUAUAUGGGAGAUACUUUUUUCGCUGGAAUGUGUACAACUCAGCGUUCUGAAAGUAUGAACUCUUUCUUCGAUAAAUACAUACACAAGAAAAUUACUCUGAGAGAGUUUGUGAAACAAUAUGGGACAAUUCUACAAAACAGGUAUGAAGAGGAAGCAAUUGCAGAUUUUGAUACAUGGCACAAACAGCCUGCAUUAAAAUCUCCUUCUCCUUGGGAAAAACAAAUGUCAACAGUUUACACUCAUGCAGUAUUCAAAAAGUUCCAAGUUGAGGUUUUGGGAGUAGUUGGCUGCCAGCCAAAGAAAGAACAUGAAGACGGACCAACUACUACAUUCAGAGUUCAAGACUGUGAAAAGGAUGAAUAUUUCAUGGUGACCUGGAAUGAAACAAAGUCAGAGGUUUCUUGCUCCUGUCGUUUGUUCGAGUACAAAGGUUUUCUUUGUAGACAUUCACUGAUUGUUCUCCAAAUUUGUGGCCUCUCAAGCAUCCCAUUUCAUUAUAUUUUGAAGAGAUGGACAAAAGAUGCAAAAAGCAGGCAAUCAAUGGUUGAAGAAACAGAGCGAGUACAGACUAGGGUGCAACGCUACAAUGAUUUAUGCAAACGAGCCAUUGAAUUGAGUGAAGAAGGAUCAAUAUCUGAGGAAACUUAUAAUAUUGCUUUCCGCACACUUGUUGAAGCUUUAAAGAAUUGUGUGAACGUGAAUAACUCUAAUAAUACUGUCGUAGACUUUAGCGGCACUGUACAUAGUAUUCGUGAAGCAGAAGAAGAGAAUCAAGGAAGCCUUGCGUCAAAAACAAGUAGGAAGAAAAUUACAAAUAGAAAAAGAAAGGUGCAAGCAGAGCAAGAUGUUAUACUUGUGGAAGCACAAGACGGCUUGCAGCAAAUGGAUAACUUAAGCUCAGAUGGUAUACCCCUUACUGGAUAUUAUGGUGCCCAACAGAAUGUGCAUGGACUGGUACAGUUGAACUUAAUGGAGCCACCCCAUGACAGUUACUAUGUUAACCAGCAGAGUAUGCAAGGGCUGGGACAACUGAAUUCAAUAGCACCCAAUCAUGAUGGUUUUUUUGGGACUCAACAAAGCAUUCAUGGGCUGGGACAAUUGGACUUUAGACCAUCAACUAGUUUCAGUUACAGCUUGCAGGAUGACCCUCAUUUGAGAUCUUCACAGUUGCAUGGCGACGCUUCAAGACAUUCAUGA